CGACUAGACUAGAGCCCCGACAGGACGUGUGUCGAUGUGGUCCGUCCUCUGCCUCGCCGUUGACUCUCGCCUGAGGCUUUCGCAGACACCUGUCUCUGCCGUCGUCGGCCUGGCCGCGGCCACCACCGCACCUCUCGCGGUUGCGCCUCCCGCAGCAAAGCCUGGCAGCCGGAUCGAACUCUGCCGAACUCUGUUUGACCGCUUCGCCCAGGGCCAGGAGCUGCUGCGGCGCAACCAUGGCGUCCCUGUACUCAACCAGCAGGCGGUCCUCGAUAUCUUCAUCACGUACCUCAGCGUACAGUGCCGUGUGCCCGCCGAGGUGACCGAGAUGCUGCAGCGGAUGCGUGCCGGAUCGCUUAUGAACAACGCGGGCGGCACCACCGGGGGACGGCUCCAGCUUUCAAACGCGUGCCUCAUCAAGGAGCCUGCCUUCUUCGACUCGGUCUGCAACGACUUCUUCCGUUCCGGCCCCACAUGCCACUUUGAGCUCUUCCCGUCCACCACCAAGUCGAUUGAGGCCUUCGUCUCCCUCCUCGCCGUCGAGGCGGAGCAGCGGGAGCGGCCGAUCCGGCUGCUGGUCCCCUCCGAUGCGCACUACUGCUGGCGCAACAUCAUGAACAGCUACGAGACGCACCCUUACCUGCACCACUGCCCUGUCGCCGUCGGGAGCGACGACGCCCACGGUCUGAGGCUGCGCGACGGCGACUUUGUGGUGGCCGUCUUCACGCUCGCCAACACCGUCUCUGGCCGCGCGACAGAGCUCGCGUGGUUUCAGGGGCUCCUCGGGCACGUGUCGGCGCAGGGCGCCACGCCGCACGUCUUUGUGGACGCCGCGCUCUCGGGCUGCGUGAUGAGCCGCGAGGUGCUCGACCUGCGCGCCGACGCGCCUCCCGACGGCGUGGCUGCGCUGCUCUCCUCCGCCUUUGGGCUCGUGCAGUCCUCUUUCAAGGAUUUCGGCCUCUCGAGCCUGCUCUUCGUCGACGAUGCGCCGCUGGAGUGCUGCGCCGAACGGGCGGCGGAGACGGGCCUCGCCGUGACCGUGGCCGGGGGCGCUCACCCACUGAUCAAGCACGCGCCCGUGACCAGCAUCCCAGAGAGCCCCACGCUCGGCUUCCUCCUCUUCGCGCGCGAGUACACCGCCUUCCGCCGCCGCUGCUUCAACACCUUCGCCCAACGGCUCGAGAGCGCUAUCCCCGAGGAGGUGGAGUACCAGCUGCGCCCCCUCUUCCCGCUGCUGCACGUCGAGUUUGCGAGCGAGGAGCUGGCGGCGAGGCUCACCGCCGCCCUCGUCAAGACGUACUCGCUCAUCACGAUCGACGCCGAGCCCAAUGUGCUGCGCCUCUGGCCAACCCCGACCAACCACGACGUCGCUGACGCCAUCGCCGAUUUCUUCGAGGGCGGGGAUCGCGAGGGCCAGAGCGACAGCUACUGGGACAUCUGAGCAGGGGCACAGAAGCCGCUGCAAGCAACCACCAUUGUAUCCUCCCCUAACACAUGUACAUGUACUUUUAGCUUACUCUCUCGAUGUAUAGACUUUGUGAUUGUGUAUGGAGAGCAGUUUGACGAGUCCGCAGUCCCCUGCACGUGUCGCGUGUUCUCUGACCCUGUGUGUGUGUGCAUGUGCGUGACUCACUGUGCACACGUGUCGUGUUCUGUGUGUACCCUUUGUGUGUCGGUGACGUGACUGUCCGCCACCUUUUCGAACACUGGUCUAUUC